AUACUUUAUUUAGUAACGUUUAUUGCUAAGAUAAAUCGCGCAAGGAGUUUAAUAGCCACUAUCAAUAUUUGUACAACGAAUAAGCGACGUAUAAUGUAUCUACCAGAUACAGAUACAGAUACAUCUACGGAUACAUAUACAACUCAGCUUCAGCAGCAGUCGAAGUAAUCGCAGUCACAGCCACAGCCGCAGAUGCGUAUGGCGAAUUAACACAAACGCGUUAAUACAAUUAGUUGAAAAGUGAAAAAUCUCAUGUAUAUAAAAUGUACGAAACGAAACAGAAAUAAAUAAAAAGAUUUUUAACAAAAACGCAGAAGCAGCAGCCACAACAACAACAACAAACUGUUAAAAUAAUAAAUACAAAAAAAAGAGAGUAAAAAUAAAAAAUAUUAUACACAGCUCGGUCGCUGUCGACAAAAAGCGCCACAACAAAUUUGCAACUUUACACUCGUCGGAGGUUUUCAGUCGCGAAAUGAAGUCACAGCCACAAAGCUGAGCCACUGAACGCGUGUGCCAUUGUCAACAGCCAACAGCCAACAACCAUCCACACAGCAACACUGCAAACAACAAAUCACAUAACCGAAUAACUAAAUAACUAAAUAUCGAGAAGUUUGAACAUGGUCGAGUUACUCAAAGCGCUCAAUUUGACGGGCAAUUUGCUGGCGGGCCUUGAUGACAACAGCCUUGAGAUUGCCGCUGCCGCUGCAGAGCCGUCGAGUAGUCUCAAUGCCACCGCCAUGAAUCUGACCACCACAACAACAACGACAACCACACUGGCCAAUGCCACCAGCAGUGCAGAGAAACUCCAAUUGGAUGGCUUCGAUUUGCCAGGCAACUACUCAAUUUUAAUCAACAAACUCGAGCAACUUGCUCUCGGCCUGGAUUCCGCUUUAGGGAACUUCACCAUCGAUCGCCAGGAGGUGGAGAUCAAUUUGAGUGGCGGUGCCACAGCCAACGAUGUGGCCGAUGUCGAUGAUCGGCUCUUUAGCGAUGUCUUGCCCGCCGCUCGUAACCCAACGCCACACAUUGCGCACGGUUCGCGCAUCUACACGGGCGAAGAGGAGGAUUUUGCGCAUGUCGUCAGCGAUAUUUGGAUUGGGGUCAUUCUCACGCUGCUCAUUGUGUUUAUCAUCUUCUUCAUAUGCGCCUGCUUCCUGUAUCACAAGUUUCAACAGUGGAAGAAUUCAUAUCGUGCGAAUCACAGCGAUGCCACCAUCGAAGUCUGCCGUCAUUGUCCGCCGGAUUACGAGGUCGAAUCGCUGCCCUCGUACACAAUUGUCUCUGGUCUGCCAACCUAUGAUGAUGCACUCGAGGAGUUCCGCAAGGCAGGCAUUAUCCUAACUCCAGCCAUUGUGCCCGUCAUCAAGAUCUUUGAGCAUGUGAACAACGAAGCCGGCGGCGCUAAGGAACCAGCUGUGGCCUACAGUCUAGUGGAGACGACACCAGCAGCAGCUGCCGCCAUUGCAAAUGGAGAUGCCAAUGCGGACAACAUUUCGCUGACCUCCAUCACCUGCAAUUGCGGUGGCGGUGGCACCUCGCCCACCACCUCGCUGCCCAGCUACAGUGCAGCGACAGCGGCUGCCAUGGCCUCGCAGAUCAUUGAGCUGUCGCCGGAGCAUCUGGCCUCGCUCUCCCAGAAGCGCCUCUCGCUGCAGAUCUCAUUCAACAAUUCGCUGCGUCGUCGCUCUCGCUCUACGCUGCGUAAUCAUUUGCUGCGCUCGCGCGCUGUGGGGAACACUGUCGGUCUGGGACCAAUUGAGCCAACAAACCCUGCUGCCCCAACAGCAGCAGCAACAACAACAACGGCAGCAGCUGGUGUGGCAUCGAGUGCUGCUCCUGUGAGCCGAGAUUGUCAUGUCCUGCCGCCCAUACAUCGAUCGUCGUCGACGCUGUCGCUGUCCAAUGAACGACAACUGCUGGAUCAGCGUUUGAGGCAUUUGCAUCAUCGCGGCUCCUUGUACUGAGGACUCACGUUGCAAAUGCAAUUUCCUCAAAUUUCAAUUACUUAACUGUUAGUUAUAAGCGACAUCAAACAAAAACAACACAAACUGCUCUAUACCAUAAUAAAGUGUUUAUGUAAAUGUU